AUGGCUUCAAAACGGAAAAAGCUGGUCGUUUCAAUGGAAGAAAAACUUAAAGCUAUAAAAAGAAUAGACAACAGCAAAUUUGAAAAUGAAACUAUGAUAGGAGAGGCGUCGGCGUCGGCGGCGGGCGCUGCGCCGGCGGCGGGCGGCGUCGCCGUCGGGGCCGCCUCGGCCUCCAGCGGUGCGGGGGCGGCGCCGGCGGGGGCGGCGCUGCGCGCCUGGGCGUCCCGGCGGCGGCCGCUGACGCUGGGCUGCCCCCGCGCCGCCCCCACCGCCCCCGUCGUGGGCUGGCUGCUGCACGACCGGCCGCUGGCGCUGCGGGACGACGGCCGGCGGUCGCUGCUCGCCGACGGCUCGCUGCACAUCGCCAAGGUGCAGCCCAAGGCAGACCUGGGGGAGUACCGCUGCAUGCUGCGGACUCCAGAGGGACUCGUGGCGUCUCCAGCCAUCGCCCUGGAGCUCGCAGGUAUCUCGCACGAGUUCUCCGCGGUCCCGGAGAACGUGACGGCGACGGCGGGCGAAGUCGUGCGUUUCACGUGCCAAAUCCAGUCAGUUCCAAGUGCGACCAUCGCGUGGGAGCACAACAAGAAGCAACUACCUCAAAACAGCAGAUACGUUACUGUAGACCCGGGAGUUCUCUACAUAACCUCUGUUGAAAGCUCAGACGAAGGCAACUACAGAUGCGUCGCGACGAACCCCGCGACGGGCAAGAAGCGGCCCAGCCCCGAGGCCCGGCUGUCGGUGCAGCGGCGGCCGGCGGGCGCCGCCCCCGCCGCCGCCGCCGCCCCCGCACGGCUGCUGCCGCCGCUGGCCGCCGUGGUGAACGCGACUGAGGGCGGCGCCGCGACGCUGGUGUGCGCCGCCUCCGGCGUGCCGCCGCCGGCGCUGCGCUGGCUGCACCCCGACGGCGCCGCGGGGGCGGUGGGGGCGGGGCUGGUCGCGCUCGAGCUCUCCAACGUGACGGCCGCCAGCGCCGGGGAGUACACCUGCGCCACCGAGGACGGCGAACAGGAGCAGAAGGUGACACUGUCGGUUUGGCAGGCGCCGGAAGUGCGAGUGAAGCCACCCUCUCAGAGCUUUCCUGCCGCCAAGACUGUUCGCUUCAACUGUGAGGCGGUCGGGGAGCCCAAGCCAGAGAUAGUGUGGUUCAAAGACGGAGUGAGGCUCCACAUCAAUGGCCGAAUGAAGCAGAGGGGUGCAGAACUGCUGAUCGCGACGACGCAGAUGUCCGAUUCGGGCCUGUACCAGUGCGCAGCCCGCAACGCCGCGGGGGAGAACUACGCCGUCGCCCGACUGUCGAUAAAGUCGCCGUCACGCAUCGACCCUCCGCGAGGCCUCUCGUGCCGCACGCUGUCCUCGGGUGGCAUCGAGCUGUCCUGGAACCAGCCUCCCGGCGGCAACUUCACCGCUUUCACUGUCCACUACCUGCCCACAGAAGGAGGGGAGGAGACACAGUUGGUCACAGUCAAUCAGUCGAUCCGCGUGGAGGACCUGCAGCCAUUCACCAACUACACCCUCUACACGCGCGUCUACUUCCAGCGGUCAGCCAGUGAGGAGUCGGAGCGAGUCAUCUGCCGAACUGCGGAGGGAGUUCCGACGACAGCGCCACGUGUGUCGGUGCAGACAGUGGACGCGACGACGGCAUCCGUGAGCUGGCAGCCGCUGACUCCGGUGGAGGCGCGUGGCCACGUCGCGUCUUACAAGCUGCAGUGGGGGCCGCAGGGGGAGCCCGCUUACAGUGUCGAGGAGCUGCCGCCCUCCACCACACACUAUGUCCUCACAGGGUUGGAACCGGGGAGACAUUACAACGUCAGAGUCCUGGCGGCGACAAGCCGUGGCUACCCGACGGAAGACCUGCCGUGGGUCACGGUGCAGAUGCCCAGCGGCAGUGUGGAUGGGGACGAGGGGCCCGGUGGCGGCGUGGGUGGUAGCCCCGUGGCAGUCGCCCUGGUCGUCACGCGCGUCAAUGCCACCGUGCUGCAGGUCGCAUGGAAGAAGCCGAAUACUUCUGUCGACGACGGAGUACAGCUGUGGUACAGGCCGCGUGGCAGUUCGGAGGUCGGCCCCUUCACUUACGACGCCAACGCGACGCGUGCGGUGCUCACGGGUUUAGUGGAAGGGCCACUCUACGAGAUCCGCGUGCGCUCCGGUGGCGUGGCCGGCUUCGCGGUGUCCGUCCCGUCGCUGCCUCCCCCGCUAGACGUCUCGGCCACCCCUACCUCCCCGCGGUCCCUCCGCAUCGCGUGGACCGCCUCGCCAGAUGUGGCACGCUACAGUGUCGCAGUUAUACCUCUGGGCAUUCCGGGUGGAGCAGAGGGGAAGCAGCGACACUUCUUAGUCAGCACACCACCUGCCAUUGAGGUGACAGAGCUGGAGCCGAACACCCUGUACGAGGUUAAGAUACGCAGUGAGGACUCGGCUGGACGGAAGGGUCCCUACGGGCAGACUAUGGAAGUCAGGACACCUGAAGACAUCCCGAGCCACGUGCGGGACGUGAGGACGGAAGCCCUGAACCGGACAGCCGUCCGCGUCACCUGGCGUCCGCCCGCCGUGCUCAACGGCGUCCUCGUCGGCUACACGGUGGCUGUCGACCCGAACCGCACGGCUGCUCUGCCCGGCAAAGCAGUCCGUGCUGCCAGCGUGUCCGCCGUGAAGCACUCUGCCGACGUGUCCGGCCUACAACCGAAUGUGCAGUACUUCGUGACGGUGUCUGCUCGCAACGGUGCGGGACACGGCCCGCCGUCCGGUGCAAAAGCGGUGGUCAUCAGGGUGGCCGGAAACGAGUCGCGUGAAGUCACGCCCAUCCCGACUGUGCUGCCGCCUCCUCCCGGUGACCAGCCGCCUGUAGUCUACGAUGACCAACACCUCGGCAUCGCGAUCGGAGUGUCGGUGGGCCUGGCCUGCGUCGUGGUGUGCGUGGCGGCCUUCCUGUGGCGCAGGCACUGCCCCAAGGUCCGGGGCGGGCGGCACCGGCGGGGCCGCGUCCCGGGGCUCGCGGGGUGUGGCGGCGGCCCGGAGGGGGGCGGCAGGGGCGCGGCCGGGCGGUACGCGCGGCCGCAGCAGCGCCAGUGGGAGCUGGAGGUGCUGGACGCAGCGCCGCCACUGGCCGAGUCGCACAUCCCGCCCCCGCCGCCACCCGAACUUUUUGACACCAAGGGCGGCUACCCGAACGGUCACACAAACGGAGUGAAGCGUCCGGUGCUGAGCAACGGUCGCAUCCCUAAUGGCCACACGUCCACGGGCAUCCACAUUACCGAGAAUCCACAGUACAAAUGUGGAGACAAGGGAGGUGCCUCCCUGGGGAACGAGGGCCUUCAGGCGGGGGCAGGUGCCAGUGCGGUUGCAGGGGUGGGGGAGCGGGAACAGCUCCUCGUGCAGCACGGAUCCGCCACCGGCGACUCUGUUGCGGCGGACACUUCAGCUGAGGGGUCGGUUGUGGACACGACACAGGUGACCCUCCUGGGCUCCGACAUGGCGUCAACGACCUCAGAGUAGCCGUCGGAACCAGCCACUAUAUGUACGGAUGCGGGUACAUGCCACACGAUGCUUCCUCCUCCUCCUUCUCCUCCUCCUCCUCCUCCUCCUCCUCGCAUUUCUUUCUGCCGCCGGCACCGUUGUGCGUACUACUCCUCCGGCCACUUCCCGGAAAUGGCACACUGUCGCCGUCAGAGAGGGAGAGGUGUGGUUUUGUUUUCUAAAGUUUAAGUGACGUGUAUUAUAAAGCGUAGUGUUAAGGGUAGCGUAUUUAUAAAUGUUUAAUUUGUACGAUGUUUCUCUUCUUUGCUUUUUGCCAUUUUUUUCUGAACGUAGUACGGAGUGACGGAGCAGAAAAGACAAAUUUAAUUUUCUAAAAAAAAUUUAAAAAAGUGACAACACGAUAGUGUCUGGGAAUAAAUUACUCGUACAGUGAUAUUAGUAUACUUUGCCUAAUUACUGUAAAGGAAGAAAAGUAAUAGUGGAACAAUAUUUAAUGUAGCGACCCUUUUUAUUUUGUUAUCGAUUUGUCGGGAGCGGCUGCCCGUGUCGCAACUGCACCGCAGUGUGCGCCACUGUCAGUUGGCUGUGAGCGACUGUGAAAGCGACUGAAGCGUAGCGUGCGAGACCGAGAUUCCACUUUAUUUUUUAUUUGUCAGUAGCAGUGUAGCUACUGUUGGUCACUUUAAGUGUCUCGCCUAGCAGUUCUAAACAGAUAAAAGUUUAAACAAACACU